AUAUUUAAAUAAAGUGAUUGGCUGCUGACUCCUCUUAAAGGGCCGGUAAUGGAUGCAAAUGAUCAAAGACUUUAUCAGUAAAAGUCUGUUGCAGACCUCAAACUAACAUCUGUAGAAAAGUGUGAUCUUAUUAUUUAUGAUUAUUAUUUGUGAUUAUUGGAUCUUUUCUGUCUCUGUUUUAAGUAAAGCGAUCAGAGUUUUAUUGAGUAGAAAGUGAUCAAUAACUCAUUUCUCUCUCUCCAUCAUCUCAUCUCUCUUCCUUCCCUCUCUCCUCGUCCCCUUCAGUAUGGAGCUUUCAUCUCUACUUCAUGACUUUCAUCUCUCCUCCUCCUCAGAGAAGCCCCUCCCCUGUUCUUCCCUUCCUCCAAUCACAGAACUCCUGUCUCGGCUGCAGGAGAAGCUGAUUGGAGCGUCCUCCGACUCAGAAACAAGCUCUCUGAUUGGCCGUGUGGAGCGGCUCUUCCAAACAGCAGAUCCAUGUUGGCUGUUCUCAGCCAAUGGCGAUGAGGAAUGGGCGGAGCUUCAGGCGGCGUACGGCGCUCUGGUCGGCGCUCUGAUUGGCUGUGCUGCUCUGCCGCCGUGUGAGGACGACUGCGGCUCUCUGCCGGCCUCGGUCUAUCAGAGCAUCCCGGGCAGAGCCGGACCGGUAUGCUCCGCCCUCGCAGCGCUGCUAAGAACUGUGGGAAACGCAGGCUGUCCGACUGGUCUGCUGCUGGCUGUGGCUGCUCCUGUGUGUGUGUUCGCUGUCACUCACUUCCAGGAUCAGGUCUGGACCAGCUCCUCCUCCAGAGCGGCGGCUCAGAGCCUGCAGGAAGUGCUGCUGAGGGCGGGGGGGUGGAGAGACUCCUCCCACCUCCUGAUGGGGGACAAGAGGAGGGAGGAGCAAGGGGGGGAGGAGGGAAGGAGGAGCAGAGGACUUCUGGGAGGAAUCCUGGACGUCCUGCAGCCUCAACUGACCAAGGACUCGUGGCAGCGCUGUGAAGCAGUGAAGUUGGUGUUUUCGUGGACGCUCCUGCAGGUGACUCGGCCCUCUCUCUCCCCUCACCUGUCCCACCUCCUCCCCCCCUCCCUCCUCCUCAACGACCACUACAGACCAGAGAACUGCAUCCUCGGAGUUCGCUGCCUGCACCACAUUGUGCUCAACACGCCUGCUGCAGAUCUGCGUCUGUUCAACAGAGCAGAAGUUCUCUACCAGGCUUUAUUCAAACACCUGUACACCUCAGAGACUGCUGUGAUACAGCCAGCCCUGUCCUGUCUCUUGGACCUGUUGGUGGUCUUGGAAAAGCCCCCCUUGUCUCUCGGCCCCUCCUCCUCCCGCAGGACGUCCUGUCGCCAUGAUGACGUGCUGCGAUUGGUCCUGACUCACAUGGAGGCGGAGCAAAAGGUGGCGCUGCGGCGCGUCUACGCCUCUGCCCUCCCUCUGUACAUAGACAGGAUGGGCGUGGCCGUGUGCAGACACCUGAGACAGGUGGAGCGGGUGGUGCUGGGAUACCUGGAGGUCAGAGACCCACCUGAGGAGACGAGUCGACUCAACAUCCUGGAGGUCCUGAAGAUAACCACCAGAGAAGCCUGGCCACGGAUGGCGUGUCGUGUUGACGUGUUGCUGCGUUGCCUCUUGAAGUUGCUGGUUGCCGUGUCCUCAGACAGUGGUCUCAGUGUCUCAGUGAGACAGACGCUGAUGAAUCAAACGUGUCUCUGUCUCAAACUGCUGGACGGCUGUUGCCAUGGAGACGUGCAGCGUCUCCUCCAGCAGGUGGACAGCAGCUGCUGCAGCUCUGAGGUGCUCAGCUGCCUAGCAACAGUAACCGUGACGAACAGCUGAAGAUCAAACAAACAGGAAGUGGAGACGAUGAUGUCGGGACUAUUUUCAGCGGCGGAUGAAGAUCUGACACGUGAACCAGGAUUCAUCCACUGUGUACAAAUAUGUGCGCUGGCCCUUUAAAUGUGCAGCGCGUCCACCUGAUUAUUUCAUGUAUAAUAUUCACACACACACACACACACACAACCGCAGACACACUGUACCUCAGAGAAAAGUUACUAUUCAGCUGUUUUAUUGAUCAAUAAAACAGAACCCUGAGUUUGAUUAUUGAUAAAAGAGGUUUAAACUGUGAUUAGAUCAGCUGAUGUUUAACUGCUUUUAUUGUGAAAGUCUGAAACAGGAAGCUGUUUAGUUCUCCGUCUACCAAAGUAAAUAUAAUCUGUUAGUGAAGACGCUUUCUACAAAAUAAAAGACACUCUUAAUUUAACAUCAGUAUUCAUAAUUACACUUCAUGUUCACUUCUCCUGAUCUUUACCUCCUAUAACAAGGUCCAUAGGGGCAAUAAAUACACGUUCUAUUAUAUUUAAGUAGUGCUGGGCAAGUUAACGCGAUAAUAACGCGUUAACGCAGUUUAAUUAUUUGUAAAGCCCGUUGCUC